CAGAGAGCAGUUGGAUACCUUUGCUGCUAUUGCAAGUGCUUCCAAAGGGGGAAGAAUUGGAAUUGAAGAGUUUGCAGAGUACUUGAAGCUGCCUGUUUCAGACGUCCUCAAAGAGCUGUUUCAACUCUUUGACAGGAUUUCUCAAAUCACCUGAAGCCAACUAUGCAGAGAAGAAAAGAAAGAGAGGUGUAGCAACAAUUGGCAGAAACUACUGAGGCCUGAGAUAGCUUUGGCAGCUGGAGACAUGCACUGACAUGGUGAAGUCUAAGCAUGCAGAUAAGCUGCAUUUUGCCAACGCCCAGCUCAGACACAAUACAGCUUUGGAGAGCUACAGCAGCACUGCAUCUCUGAGUAACUCUCUUCAAAAAAUCUUCACGAUGUUCCUUGCGAAAGCUUUGCUGAGUGGAGGAAGUGGCAGUGGUCGUGGAGGGAGCCUUGCACAGGGCCUUGGAGGUCUCCUAACAGGAGGUGGACGUGGAGGUAAUCUUGGAGGACUUGUUGGAGGUCUUGUCAGUCUUAUAAGUGAAGCAGCAGCUCAGUAUAAUCCAGAGCCACCUCCAGCUCCUUCACAUUUUACGAAUGUGGAAGCUUAUGAGAGUGAGGAGAUCAGACAGUUUCGUCGCCUUUUUCUCCAGCUGGCUGGAGAUGAUAUGGAAGUGUGUGCCACAGAGCUAAGGGACAUCCUGAACAAAGUUGUUUCCAGACAUCAAGACUUGAAGACAGAUGGCUUCAGCUUAGACACAUGCCGUAGCAUGGUAGCCGUCAUGGACAGUAACAUGAAUGGUAAACUGGGCUUUGAAGAGUUUAAGUAUCUGUGGAACAACAUCAAGAAAUGGCAAUGUGUGUACAAGCAGUAUCAUACCGAACAGUUAGGCGCUGUUGGGAGAGCUCAGCUGCCGGGUGCCUUGAAGGCUGCAGGAUUCCACCUGAACGAACAACUCCUCCAGGUAAUCGUGCGCAGGUAUGCCGACGAGGAUGGUAGCAUGAAUUUCAACAAUUUCAUUAGCUGCUUGGUACGAAUGGACAGCAUGUUCCGAGCCUUCAAGUCCCUGGACCAAGAUGGAAACGGACAGAUCAAAAUGACCAUUGAAGACUGGCUGCAGCUGACCAUGUAUUCAUGAAGGCAUAGCAGAGAAGAAUAACCUUCAUCUGGAAGAUACGCAUGGAUAUGUAAUCCUGUACUGUAGCACUGUAGUCUUUUCCUUGUUCUAGCAGUAGACAGCUCAGCUUAAAGUAUUGCAUUUCCUCUUGUGCAUGAAUUAGUCUGCUUUUCUAUGGUGGGGGGAUGCAAGUUGUCAGUUGGACAGAGAACUAUCGCUGAACUCUGAAGUGAAGGAAUGUGUUCAAGGAUAAAAGAUUAGUUAUUACUUCACGUAAAAUGGUUUGUAUAUGAGUAUAGUUGUUAUAGAAAAAGUUCAUAAUUUUGGUGUUGCUUUGUGAUGUUACUGUUCUGAUUUGUAAGGAUUCACUAAACUGGAAUAAAGCUCUGCUUGCCAGAAGGCAAUUGCUAGUAGAGUCUUGCAGUAAUUUCUAACAAGGGGAAGAACAUGAGAGGUGCAAUAACUAUGAUGAUUUACAUAAUCAUAUUAAAUUUCCUUCCUGCUGCUUUUUCAUGCUUGUCUGCUGAAGCAAAACCUGAGUGGUAUUGUCAGUUCUACCUGCUGGCCACGUCAAAAUGGAAGACUUACAUAAGGCUACUUUUUAUAACCUUUCUCAUUCCUACAGUUCUGUUAACUUCUCUUUUCUUUCUUUCCUUGGAGCCUUAUAGUUAUAAUGAAAACAACUUAAAAUACUACAGUUAUAUUUAGAGAACCUUGCUGUAAUAAUCCAGUCACAUAGCAGACAGACAGCCAAAAUCAGCCUUUGGCUGAGUUAAAUUUUAUCAGGGUGCUCAAGUUUUGCAGUUCUGUCCAAGACAUCAAUUUUGGAGUAAAGGAAAAAGGAAUAACAUCAUCUAUCAAAGGUAGCUUUCUUUGAAUUAAAGAUUACAUAGUUGAUGAAAACAGUCCUUGCACCGCAACGUAGCAAGGCAGUGCUCUGCUGCUUUAAAAGAAAAUUGUCUAGGGUGUGUACUAGCUGACAGGAAUGUGAAAGUAUGAGUGGAGUAGAGCAAUGCACGGCAGUCUCCAGCUGUAAGAGUCCACAUGCUCCUCCUCUCCCCAGGGAGACCUCGGUGACUGAUCGAGAAACCACACAAUACCUGCAAGGCAUCUGAAUGCUAAUUGCAUACUGUUGUUUGGUUUUGUUUCUAAAUUUCCAUAGCUUUGAUUUCAAAAUCUUGCAGUUACGCUUGGCAAAUAGUGUUUUCCAAACUGAUGAAGUCUCCUCCCUGCUAUACUUGCAGAAGCCUUCUACUUGCAACUUGGGAAAAAGUAGCUUGAAACUUUUGCCCAGACUUUUUUCCUCCUGCGCUUUGUUUAAUACCAAACUGGGUGACAGUAAAAAUAUUCAUAUUGGCCCAAAAUGAUGAUGAAAGAGGUCAGUUCCUUCCUAAUGGCAUUUAUACCCCUCCCGGUUAUUCAAUGGAAAAGCACAAAAGUUCCCCACAGUGGUGUUUGGGCUCUGAAUAAUAGGAAAGGGGGAAAAGGCGAUACCUCUUGGUGAGCACCAUCCUACCAGGUUUGUUUCAGAAUAUCCCUCUCUGACUAGUUAGAACUUGCAUGUAGCAACAGGCAGUGGAAAUUUUAGAGUUACAACCUGUCAGAUGAUGAGCCUGGAUAUGAACACAAGGCGCAUCUGUGGUUCUGCCUCAAACAGUCCAGUUGUAGCCUCUUGGUGGUAGCCCUGUCAGUGAUUUGGGGUAUACUCACCUGACCCAAACAGGAAUGACUACACGCGCGACACACACACACACACACACACACACCCACAAACACCCACACACACACGAUUUUUACUGUUGCCUUAUCAGUGAGAAAAAGAUUUUCAGGCAGUAAUACUUUAAACCUUAUUGACUGCAUCUGUCUUGCAGAGAGCUUUGCCAGCUGCAUAAAGCUAACUGAUGAUCCAGCCCUAAUGUCACUCUGCAACUAUAAAUCGGAGGCUGUGCAUGACAAUGAAAUCUCUCUUGUUUCCCAAAGUGUAAGAUUUACUGUAUUAUAUAAAAAAGCCAACCACAAAACCCUAUUUACCAUACCAUGCUAUAGUGAAAAUAGUAGUGGAAGACUAGUUACCUUAAAGAAAACAAAGGUAGUUGAGAGUGUUUUGUGUAACAAAUACAAACAUAUAUUAUAAAUAUUUAUGUUCUACUUUGAUAUUUAGAGAAUUGGAGGUCAGCUCACAUGUUGCUUCCUUAAAUUGUUCUUGGGUGCAUAGGCUGCAAACAGCUAGAUAUGCAUAGAAAGACUAUUGCAAGUGCUUGUUUGCAGUGGUGGUACACAAACACUGGAAGUUUUCCUGCAUUUUCAGUUUAACUCCCAUCUCUUUUUCCAAGCAAGAACCCAAUUAUCUCUCCUUAACCAAAAUGCCAGAGCAUUUGGAAGUUAGCCAGCAUCCUAGGGUCACAACAUGAUCUUGCAAGCAUAAUAAGCUUAUUUCCUACUCAGAUGGCUAGAGUUUUAUGUAUCAGAUUGCACUCAGCUUUGAUUACUGGGUUUUAGCACUUUCAUUAAAGUAAUUUGACCCUUAUUAGCUCUUGUCAUUUUUUUAUGUGUAGCCAAAGCUGUCUUAACUGGCUUCAGAGGUUGUUUUUACUUAGACUAUUUUAUUUAGAGUUUACUUCCCAAUUCUUUUCCUGUGAUAUAUAAAUUCUAAUGGCAUCAAUCAAUCCUUUGCUAAGAAUGCAGUCUGUAAAACUCUGCAGAAAUAAUAUUCUGUGGAUCUUUGAACAACUAUCUACGCUCUUGCUUCAGUUGUUUUAAGAGUUUAGGUUUAUGAUACAUUUUGAAGAUAGCUCUAUUAUUAUUGUUAUGAGAUCUAAAAUGUAGCCAAAAUAUUUAAAGGUGACUCUGCAGCACAAUGAGAGCACAGAUUUGUAACUAAAGUAGCAUUUAUGAGAGAACAUUGUCCUUUUCUAAUGAUUAAAAAGCGUCAAAAGUUAUAGCCCUUAGAUGCACACAAAAGUAACUUAAAGACUAAGUGCUAACUGCUUUUGCUAAAAAAGUUUCCUUAAAAUUCACAGGCCUUUAAAGUAUGAGAUGUUCAAACGUUGCAUGUCUUCAAAAAAAGACUGGAUAGACCAUCAAUAUCAUGAAAAUAAAUUGUCCAUGCAAACCAGUCUGAAUUGGUUUUGCAGACUAAAUAAAAUUGUAUCCUAGCAGUUUUAAAUCCUCUCAAAUAUAUUGCUUGAUAAAGAAAAGUUAAGUACUGAAUCCAUUAUUACACAUAUUUUGUUAAUCAAGAACUGUUUUAAGACCCAAGUACAAUAAUAGAAAUCCCUAUUUCAUAGUACCCAGUAUUUUCAAAGUAGCUUUAGCACUUCUCCACUGGCAAGCUCCAUAUUCCACUACCCAGCAGCAGAAAGCCAGGAACAGAAAGGUUAAGGUUGGUAUGCUCAAGUGGCCAUUAGAAGCUGGUAGGAGAGCCAGAAAUAGAAUCUAGUUCUCACUGUUCACUACAGAUUUACCCAGGAGAACUCCCCUCCCACACUUAGCUGGAAAAGAUUUUUUGUGCUGUCCUCAGACCUAAGGAGUCCGCUUUUUUAAAAAUCUUUUCUUCUCAAAUUGUACAACACAUUACCCACAAAAGGAACACUUUUGUGGGCCUUGAAAAUGUUUUUUGAUGGACACCCUUAUUGUGCAUGUUCCAAACUAUGAUCUAGUAGUCAUCUCUACUGUGCUUUCAUCAACCGCUCUGUAUCCCUUGACCUAACGCUUACAUGUGGCUUCUUCCCCAGACUGGAUGUUUCUCAAAACCCUCAAGAAACUUUCAGUGAGGUCACAAGAACGCUACUGACUUAAGGAUAUAUUUCAGUGGUCCUCUGCAUUUUCCCUAUCUGCAAUGCAAUGCAGCUUACGUAGAAUUAAUCACAAGCCCCAUCAAAGCAAGCUUCAAAUGUUUUUUUGAUGUAGCUUUGUAGUUAACACAUUGAAAUGUUCAUUCAGAUCAAAGCUGGAAUUACCAGAAAGACUUUUACAAUUAAUUCAUUGCAUUUCUGGCUUAAAAGGUAGGACAAUGUAAAAGCUUCAAAUAACAUGUAGGGCAAUGCAUUUAUUCAGAGAAUGGCUUAAAGUAGACCACGUAGAUUUACUGCAUCAUCA